GUACCUUCAUAUUUUUGCAUUUUAGAAAGUGCAUUUAUCAUAAUGUACACACUCUGUCUAUUUUGAAACUAGGCGCGCGAACGAGAUGGAACAGUGAGGUAGUAUUCCUUCUUUGCAAAGUCUCGAGUCUCGAUAGUCUUUUCAUUACGUUUUUCGAGAAGCCUGACGCGUGUGCGAUGUGCACGCGUCCGAGUCGCGACCACGUCUAAGCGCAAUUCAAUAUAGCUAAUACCACCCGCGUGCGUGAGAGCCGAAAGAAAUGCUAGACGCCACUUCCUGACUGCACACAACACGACCAGCGUAUAAUGUACUCGCACGCAGAAAAUUAAUUACAUCGUACGUCAGGUGUUCACUGUCAACUUUAAAAUUUUAAUAUCCCCAUGUAUUUCUCUAUGGCUUCGAUAAUUAAAUUCUCUGUUAAUACUACAGCUUAUUCGUGCCGAGGCAAUAGGAGAUGUUUCAUCGACACCCGCUAUGGGUGCCGCUGAGCGCGAAACGCGUUAAAUAGGCUCGUAUUACCUCGGCGUUUACUUUAUCCACUAAGCGAGUUGGUGUUUUUUUUUCUUUCCUUCUCUUUUCUUUUAUCGAUAAUAAUGACUUUUUGUCGUCGUCGCGCUAGGCCCACGUGGUUCAAGUAAUUUUUAACGCGUAAUAUAACGCGCGCUUUACUAUUAUUAAGACUUCGUGAGCUGAGCAGCCCAUUUUACGACACAUUUUACGAUUAUAUAUUAUAAAUAUGUUUUGUUCUAUAGGUUCACGAUACUAAUAGUACAUUUUUUAGCGAUGAGUUGAGAGAUAGAGACUCGAGCUCGAGUAAUGUAUUAGAGUGUACAAGUCGUGACAUUAACGAUCGAAACAUGCUGCAAGUCAACUUCUUCGUUUUGUGCACCUUAUGUUUGGUAAAAUUUCGUCUUUUCGUAAUUGGAGUGCCAUUGAACGACGGGAAAAAAGCGGAAAUCGGCGAAUUCAAAUAUCAAGUGGCUCUACUGGAAGAAGAUGAUUACAUAGCCAACUGCGGCGGGGGCAUAAUUGAUGCAAAAUUCAUUUUAACGGCUGCUCAUUGUGUCAUCGAUCCAAUUGAAAAUGAAUUUAAAUCGACUGGUCUGUUUGUGAUGGCGGGUGCCGUUGAUCUCUACGAUAACUCGGAAGUUACAGAAAAGGUCAGAGUAAUAAAGAUAUGGGUACCAGAUGAAUAUCCUGAUAAAAAUGCCGAUCCCGAAGAACCAUAUUUGUCAACGGGAGACAUAGCUGUAUUAGAGUUAGUGCAUCCACUGACGUUGAACAAAGUUUCGUCAAACCUGCCAGAACUCAAUAAACUGGAUUUACCAACGGCUGACUCGGAUUACGCCGACAAAACUGCCGUGAUCACCGGUUACGGUUUGUACAACGUCGACUGGACGAGCAUGAAGUUCGACGAGCACGAUCAAGUGAUCCACAUCGGCGACGACACAUCGUCCAACAAACUUCAUCACGCCGAAGCUCGAGUGAUCAGCAACGAAGCGUGCAAGUCGACCUACCAUCCUUCGAUAAAAUCCCGACACUUGUGCGCCAACGUUUUGCACUGCCCGCGCGGCCAAUGCAGCAAGCCGGGAAUAUGUCAGGUAUGCAAUAAUGAUAGUAAGAAAAAGCACAGGACGUAA